AUGCUUCAGGAUGCCGAAGGCUUCGUCCGCCUCCCCAACGAACGUCUAGUCUACUCAUCACCUCCCCGCACCACCGUGUCCAUCACCCCACCGUCCGGAUACAAAGGCGGAGAGGCUUUAUCGAUCCAAAGUAGCGCUGGCUGCAUUUAUCUCACCAACCAACGAGUGGUCUACCUACCCGCAUCCAAAACCAACGACUUCCAGUCCUUCUCCUCCCCACUCUUGAAUGUCCGUGAUUCCCAUGUCUCAGCACCCUUCUUUGGUCCCAAUGUCUGGACUGCGUUGGUCCAGCCCGUCUCCGGGGGUGGCAUCUCAGCGUCCCUCCCUGCCGUGCAGAUGAAAGUGACUUUCAAGGAAGGCGGGGCCUUCGACUUCCACACCAACUUCGAGCGAAUCAAGGAGAGAAUGCAACAGGCUGUUGAGAAUACAAAUGAGGGCUCUCGAGGGCAGCAGACGGUGGACCUCUCCGCGGUCCAUCUGGAGGACCUGCCGGCGUACGAUGCGCCGCCUCAAGCCAACCAAGAGAUCAGACCCGAGGAGACAAGAGAGGCGCCGCCUGAUAGCCGGCCUCCGGAUGCGAAUGCGGAUCCAGUCGAGCCCCCUCCAUGCUAUGAGGAGGUUCAGUCGCAAAGCGUGGCGCAUGAGCUAGAGGAGAGGCUGCGACGAGCCAGCUGA